AUGCCAGAAUCUACUGCAGAGAUACCAACACCUCAGGCUACAAUGACAACAACACCUGAAGCUACCACAAAUCUACUAACACCUCAAUUUACCACAAACAAUGAAAUACAUGAUUCUACUACAAGGAUUAAUACAGACGGAUCCUCCACAGGUAUAACAACAUCUGAUUCAACACAAUGGAUUACAAACUUAGAAUCUACCGCAUCAACUACAUUAACCGAGUCUUCCAUAGAGAUGACAUCACUUGAAACUACACCAAUGACGACUGUGCAAGAAACUAUGUCGACAUUAGCAACACCUGAAUCUAACAUGGCAAUAGAAACAGCACCUGAAUCUACAGUAGAAAUAUCAUCAAUUGAAACUACCACUGAUAUAACAAAACUUGACUCAUCUAUACAAACUGAAUCUAUUACAGGAAUAACGACACUACCGCCCACCAGUCACAUAACUAUGCCAGAAUCUAAUACAGAGACACCAACACCUCAGGCUACAAUGACAACAACACCUGAAGCUACCACAAAUCUACUAACACCUGAAUCUACCACAAACAAUGCAAUACAUGAUUCUACUGCAAGGAUUAAUACAGACGGAUCCUCCACAGGAAUAACGACACUACCGCCCACCAGUCACACAAAUAUGCCACAAUCUACUACAGUGAUACCAAUGCCUCAGGCUACAAUGAUAACAACACCUGAAUCUACCACAAUUCUACUAACACCUGAAUCUACCACUAAGAUUUCAAUACAUGAUUCUACUGCAAGGAUAAAUACAGACGGAUCCUCCACAGGUAUAACAACAUAUGAUUCAACACAAUGGAUAACAAACUUAGAAUCUACCGCAGCAACUACAUUAACCGAGUCUUCCAUUAAGAUGACAUCACUUGAAGCUACACCAAUGAUGACUGUGCAAGAAACUAUGUCGACAUUAGCAACACCUGAAUCUAACACGGCAAUAGAAACAGCACCUGAAUCUACAGUAGAAAUAUCAUCAAUUGAAGCUACCAGUGUUAUAACAAUACUUGACUCAUCUAUACAAAGUGAAUCUAUUACAGGAAUAACGAACUUACUGCCCACCAGUCACAUAACUAUGCCAGAAUCUAAUACAGAGAUACCAACACCUCAGGCUACAAUGAUAACAACACCUGAAUCUACCACAAAUCUACUAACACCUGAAUCUACCACAAACAAUGCAAUACAUGAUUCUACUGCAAGGAUAAGUACAGACGGAUCUUCCACAG